AAUGCUGAGCUGGACGAGUCUCCAGUUCCUGGCCCCCAAACAGCUGUGCAGAGCUUGCUCCUUACCUUUACAGGCUGUUGGUCCUCAGGUGAUGUCCUGGGAGGGAAGCAGCAAGGCACCCCCUUGGGGUCUCAUCCACCACCUGGAUCAUCUGGUGAUGACUGUCAAGAGCAUUGAGGACACGGCUGCUUUCUACUCUCGGGUCCUUGGCAUGGAUGUCAUCUCCUUCAAGGGAAAUCGCACGGCUUUGCAUUUUGGCAACCAGAAGUUUAACCUCCAUGAGGUGGGGAAGGAGUUUGAGCCCAAAGCCCACAGGCCAACCCCUGGCUCCUUGGACAUCUGCCUCACCACGGAGAUGCCGCUGGAGCAGCUGAUGGAACACCUGAAGGCUUGCGGAGUAAGCAUCGAAGAAGGACCAGUGUCCAGAACUGGUGCAGUUGGCCCAAUAACAUCUGUUUACUUCCGAGAUCCAGACCAGAACCUGCUUGAGAUCUGCAACUACAGCAGUCAUUCAGAGCACUGAGUGUUCUCUUCUGGACCUGCAGAGACCACGAAUGCAGGAUAUCCAAUUUAGGUUUGGAAAUUCAGAUACAAAUGGAUCAAGGCCCUGGUGUCUGCCUUUCAAAAAAUCUGAUUUCUGAGGAAAGAGAAUCAGAAGCCAAGAAUUCCAACACACUUAGAAGUUUUAUUUUCUCCCAUCCCUUGGGCUGCCCCCCCAAAAAUUUAUUGCACCUUUGAUAACCUUGGAGGGUUCCUCAAGGUCUGCUGAUGCCUCCCUUUUAUGUGCUGAUGGUGCCAUUUUUAGGGACCACACUCCAAGAAUGAGUUUGCUAUGCGAAUCUAGGAUGGACGGUGAGCACACUAGUCACCUACAGUAAAGCAUUUCCAUUGGCCACACCUGGAGGGGCAACGAGUUGACCUACCAAUCAGUUGCAUAAUCUUUUUGAAGCUGAAUAUCUUUUUUUUAAAAGCACUUCAGCUGAUCCCACCAAGUUUUGUAAAAAGGGGUGGAGUUUGACUAGCGUCGUGUGCUUCCGUUUUCAGAAGACAGAGGUGGAGACGCACUGGAACUGUCAGAACAGGAAGUGUGUCUCUACUCUUACAUCGGACUGGGUUCUACUGAAUACUAUGCAGGCUUCAGGUUGCAUCUAGGAUUAGCUGGGAUAAACAAAUGCACAAUGGCUGCUUUCCGUCCCACCACUCUCUCCAUUUCUGAAAUAGAAAAGCCUGCUGUUACUUACCCUGGCCCAUCUCCAGCCUCAAGCAAAACAGACAGUGCUCCUUAUUAGGCAGAGCACCAAACUAAAGGGAAACAUGGCAGUUUUUAUUUUAUUUUAUUUAUAAAAGUAUUUAUAUACCACUCUCGCAAAAUAUCAGGGCA